CAAGCCGACUUCAAAAUGACUAACAUUUCAUCAAAAACUCCAAAAUCAGUGCCAAAAAAAACUUCUACCUUCUACGAACGUUUGUCUUGGAUUUGCAACACCAUUUUUCACCAACUAGUUGCCGUUGUGGGAACUUUUAUCUUGUGGACUUUAUGUUACAAUUUUGAAAAUAAACUAUCCAGAUGGCACAUGAUUUUAACCAGUACAGCUUAUAUUCCUCUAAUGGCCGAAGCGAUUGUACUCUUCGCCAGUGACAACGUUUGGACGCAGAAGAUUCCAAGAACCACACGGUACUACAUCCAUGGUUCUUUUCUUUUCACCAGCGCUGUUUUUGCGACGGUUGGAAUUAGUUUCAUGAUUAGCACAAAAACAAGUCAUUUUCGAUCAACACACGCAUGGACAGGAUUAGUGUCGUGGAUUUUUGUUUUGUUGUCGCAGUUCCUUGGAGUGGCUUCGGCGAAAUCUCAGUCUCUAAAAUUUUUACUGAGACCUGUUUGGUUCAAAUUUAUUCAUAAUUUGUUCGGUAUGUUGGGAUAUCUUUUUGGCCUCACGAGUUUGUGUUAUGGACUUGAAAAGCGCACAAUGGUGAAUUCGGCAAGUUAUGAAUCUCGCUUAGCUACUACUGUUUUAAUAAGUAUAAUAGCGGCCUGGAGUGUGAUUGCUGCUUUAAAGUCAGGAUACAACCAGUUAAAGGCCAUUUUUAGUUAGAAUUUAUAAAGUAUUAUCUUUAAAGAGUGUUACCAUAGAAAUCUCAUUAGAAUACUAGUGUUUUAACUAGUUACUACUAUAUAUUUUAUUGUAUUAAAGUGUGGUGAUCUAAAAUAACCAGAAAAAUAUAUUUCGGAAGCUGUACAUAUUUUAAUGUAGUAAAUAUUUAUUUAUAAGCUUAUUAUCUGACAUAUGCAUAAAUAAUAACUGGAGAUAUUACAAAUAAUCCUUGUAUUUAUUGUAAAAAAUACAGUUUUUAUAAAAGGUUAAUAAUUUUAAAA